CAUAAGAAAUAUUAAAGAUAACUAAAAAUAUGCCAGAAAUGUCCACAGAUGAUUUUGACCAAAGACAUAAGAGUGCGAACGAGAUAGUUGAAGAACGACGAAGAAAAACAAUUGAAGAUAAGAGGAAGAGGGUGAAUGAGAUUGUAGAAGAAAAUAGAAAGAGAGUGGCCAAGGAAAAAUUGGAAGCCGUACUAAGACAUCCAUGCAAUCGUGAGAAAGAAAUGUCAUAUCAAUGUUUAGAAGAUAAUGGCUAUGAUAGAAGUAGAUGUGAAAUGUAUUUUGAAAAUUACAGAAACUGUUCCAAGUUUUGGAAUCGUGUAAGCUGGGAAAGAUUGUUCAGAGGCAUUAAACCUUCAAUUCCUCCUCCUGAAGAAAGAGAUGCUAUUAGAGAAGAAUUUGCAAAAAGAAAGGGCUAUAAUUACUGAAUCUAUUUAUUUUGUGUAUCUGAGGAAGCUACCAUCUGGGAAAAAAUGUCUACAGUGUGACCGUUUCCAAUUGUUUUGAUAAAGGCACAUAGAGUUUGUCUGAAUGAGUUCAAAUGAAUGUUACUGAAAUUGGAGACGCUUGUAUUUUAAACUCAUCAAUCGAAUUAAUACAAAGGCCACAAAUUAUAUUUUUUUACAUUUCAUUGACAUGCUUCAUGACAGUCUUUAUAGAUGAAAUAUUAGUUUCUAGAUAUUGAAUUAUAUAUUUCUUCAUAACAUGUUGAUGUUGUUUUUGUCAUCAUUAUGAAAUGAGGAUUAUUUUCCACUUUUUAUCCAACCUGAAAAUUUUAACGAUUAUGUCCAUAUUUGUAAAUGACUUUUUUCCUUUUUCUUAUACACUGCUAUUUUUUAAAAUUUAGCUUUAAUACCUUCAGCCAAAUAUUUUUUUUUAAUCAUCUUUUUUUAAAUUGUGUAUUACAGUUUAUCAUAAUUUUUUCUAUCAGUUAUAAAGUUAAUCUCUUUGUGUUGAUAGGGUGAGCCAAGAUGUACAUAUUAGGAGUUAUAAAAGAAAAUCUUGCCGUUAUUUAUGAAUAAUGUACUUGAUUUGUAUGUAUUUAUAAGUCUUAAAAAUGUUUGUUUAUAUGUAAUGAAUAAAUGAGAAACAAGAUUGUUAUAAA